UUUCAAGAUGGAACCAUUUCAUUCUUGGGUUGUUUUGUGCAGAUGUUUUUUGUGCAUUAUUUUGGCAGUGUAUGUUCAGUUAUUCUGGCAGUAAUUGCUAUAGACCGCUAUGCAGCAAUUUGUUACCCGCUUCAAUAUCAUAGCAUCAUGACAAACCAAAAUGUACUCAUUCUGUUCUUUGGCUCUUGGAUUUUGGGUUUGCUAGGCCCCGUGGCAAUGGUCAUUCGAGCUUAUCCUCUCCCUUACUGUGCAGAAAACAGAAUUAUACACUGUUACUGUGAUCAUGUUUCAGUCACAACACUGGCAUGCAUAGACAGAUCACUAUAUAGUAUUCCAGCCCUCAUCUAUGCCUUUGCAAUACUGUUGGUGCCCUUUGCUGUUAUUAUAUUCUCUUACUGCUCUAUCUUUCUAGCAGUUAUGCAGAUUUCAGGUACUCAAGGAAAGAUGAAGACUUUCUCCACCUGCAGUCCUCAGCUCAUC